AUGGAACUUGUGCUCGCGCAACUGCCAACGGAUUUGUCUGUGAGUCAGGUCGGGAAAGCCAAAGACCUCCAGGGACGCUUCGGGGGUCGGGGGAGCUCGUGGUCCCGUGAAGAGACCUCCAUCCUGCUGGAUGUGUACGAAGUCGAAAUGGCCAAAGAAGACGCUAACUUCGACAAGAACUCGCCGACUAUGAUGGUGCCAAAGUUCCAGUCAAUUUAUCGAACGAUUUCGGACGUUCUCACGCAACACGGUUUUCAAAGGAGUCCUAUGCAGGUUCGGGAGCGUUUGAAGAGGUUGAAGCGCGACGUCCGAGAGCACAAGCAAGGCGAAUUCACCGCACGAGUCAGUGCCAUCGUCGGACGAUCUCCGUACACUCGACCGAGUCUCAUUCAACAGGCUGCUCUCGGCCGAGACAAAAUUCUGAAAGAUAUCAACGAGAAAGACCGAAUCGAAGGAUAUUACCCGAUCACCGACAUGAUGUCAACCGAGAUCUCAUACCCCGACGACGAUGAGCCCACUUCGGACAGCCCGAUCUCGAUGAAUGCCGAAGUUCCAGAGGGUGUUUCUUCGGAAACCGAUCACCACGAUUCAUCUUCCUCGUCAGAACACGAAGAGUCCAAACCGUCGCACGGCCGAAACGAGAAACAGAGAGUGCCCAGUGCGAGUGGCCACAGUACGGUCAUCGCCGCCCCGAAGGAAAAGAGCUCGUUGAGCAUGUCGUCCAGUUCGAGCAGCAUGAGAUCUUCGCCUAUCAUGCGUAGUCCCCCCCAUACCCCCCAUCUACCGUUGCAUCCAGCGCCCACCAGAUCCCAAACCCCGUACACACACUCGAUGUACGCCGCUAUCGAAAACGCCUACAGACAACGGAUCUACAAAGAAGAGAUGGACCUGCAACCGGUGCCUAGCCCGGCACUGCCCAUGAACCUCUCGAUCCAUCAGGGCAUGAUGUACGCGACGCAUCCUACCACACUCAGCAGUACCGUGUCUCUCGUGCCGCCCAGCAGCAAGUCCCAGACGCCCGUAAUUCAGCCCCCGCAGCGAUCGGCUUCUCCGCAAUGCUCUCAUUGCUCGCAGACCCUGCAGGAGCAAAGACGAAUCAAUGCUCUGCUGCAGAAGAUCGUCAGCGAUAACAAAGCCAGCGCAGAGAACCAACUUUUGUUCCAGCGGCAGAUGCUCGCACACCUCAACUGCAUCACGUACACGUUGCAGGGCCUGGCGGCGCAGAGGAUUUCGACGGACUCCAAGCGGUACUCGUCGUCCGAAAGUCACAGCAACCCGGAAGACAACGACGCCGGAUCGCCGCUCACGGCUUCUCCGAUAAGAGACCUCCACUGA